GUGUAAUAGAAAAACAUUGACCCGGAAAACUUUAACAAUCUAAAAUGUAAAGCCGACAAAGAGUGAAAGAAAUAAGGAUGGUUCUUUAAUACAUCAUUCUACCUUUUCACUUAUAAUUGUUUCAACCUGUCUUAUUUUCUUCUUCUGUAAUAUUUCUUUGAUCGCCCUAUAAUCUCUUACAUGGAAGAGUUUGAUCACCUCAAAAUUCAGCUGAAGGACAUAACAGAAGCCACCGACAACUUUAGUGCAAGCAAGCGAAUUGGAAAGGGUGGGUUUGGAGUCGUGUACAAUGGGGAGUUAUCUCUCCCGGAGGGACGAACUACGGUUGCUUUUAAGCGCUUAGAUCGCAGACUAGGUCAAGGGAAUAUAGAGUUUUGGAAGGAGAUCAUUACGCUUUCCAAAUAUAGACAUGAAAAUCUGGUCCCUCUUAUGCAUUUUUGCAUUGAGGGUGAUGAAAGGAUCCUUGUGUACGAGUAUGCAUCUCGUGGGAGCCUCGAUCGCUAUCUAAACCAAAUUAGUGUCACAUGGAGCCAACGUUUGAAGAUAUGUAUUGGCGCUGCACGUGCACUAAACUUUCUUCAUGAUCCCAUGGAGACACAACAAAGAGUUCUUCAUCGAGACAUCAAAAGUUCAAACAUCCUUCUAGAUGAGAAAUGGACAGCUAAAGUUUCUGAUUUUGGCUUGUCAAAACUUGGCCCUGCUAACCAACCACAAACGUAUCUUUUCUCCAAUGCUGUUGGUACGCCUGGGUAUUGUGAUCCGUUGUAUUUGGAAACGGGAUUUUUAUCAAAAGAAUCUGACGUCUACUCUUUUGGAGUGGUGUUGUUUGAAGUAAUGUGUGGGAAGUUAUGUUACGAGUACUCUAAUGAUAAGAUAACAAUUUUAGUGCCUAAAUGGAAAAAAUGUUAUGAAGAGAAGAGAUUAGAUGAGAUUAUCUUCCAUGGUCUAAAAGAAGAAAUGGGAUCGAGUUCUUUGGAGUCCUUUUCUUCCGUCGCAUAUAAAUGUCUUGAGAAAGCUUCUGAGAAACGACCAACGACGGCUGAAAUAGUGAAAGAACUUGAGUUUGCACUUAAACAACAAGAGGUUUUUGAAGAUCUCGGAAAGAAAUUGGACUUUGAAGAAAUGAUCAGGAUUGCUCAUCUUGCAGUAGCUCCUCUAUCUUACAAAUCUCAAAGUCAACUUUACACGCUUUUCUUGAAAGGAUUCCUUGUUGACGAUGGCAAAACAUGGAUAUCAAUAAAUAACAGUGGAGAAGUUGUCGAAAUGAUAUGUUCAAAAACGUGUAUCUCUGAACACCAACUGCAACCUUAUGCCACAAAAGAUUCGAGGUUUUUGAAUGUCUUAUUGUGCACAAUAAACAAUAAUUUCAAAGUGAAUGUGAGCACCCAAUUUUUGUUACCGGAUAUUACAUACAGCGUGAACCUUGUCUUCAAACAUUUUGGUAUAGAUAAUGGGACAUAUGUACCCUUCAAAUACAAAUUAGACGAGGAGAGAGACUAUCGAAAUUCAUGUCUUGCACAGGUAAGAGAUGAUGGAUGGCUAAUGAUGGAACUAUAUCAAUUUACAAGCAACUGUAAGGAACAUAAUGUUAGGAUCGAAUUUAUGCGUCCGUUUCGUAUUGCUUCCUCAUUCUUUAUGUACAUACUUGAAGGCAUUGAAUUUCAUCCUGUAAAAUAUGAAACUUAA